UUCUGAACUCGUCCUCCACCGCUGUGUCUUGUUAUUCACGGAAGAAGCUUUGGCGGCGGUCAGAUCUCACAGUUCGCAGAUCAGAAAGUUGCUCUCCGGCAGCAUUGUCGCAUCCUCUCACAGGCUUUACCAAACGCAUCCUCGACGCUCACAAUAUUGCGUUCUUUGCCUUCUGUUGAGUAUCUGAAACUUGUUGUCAGCGGACGCCCUUGUUAAAACCAUGUCUUCCGCAGUCCACAUGGCCAGCAUGGCCGCCACUCUGCAGGGAGUUGGGAAGGCGAGUGGCGCCAUGAGCAGCCGCAAGCAGUACCAGCACAAGGCCGCCUUCCUUGGGGGAAGCGAGCUUGGUGCGAGGAAAAGCUUCAUGGGAGGCGCCUCUGACAUGCAAAAGGGUGUCAAGGCCGCUACCAGGAGAGCUAGCAAAGGGGCAGGCCUUCGUGUGGUUGCAGAGAAAGUUGUGGGAAUCGAUCUUGGAACGACAAACUCUGCUGUUGCCGCUAUGGAGGGAGGGAAGCCGACGAUUGUGACCAAUGCCGAGGGGGCGAGGACAACACCUUCAGUUGUUGCAUACACGAAGAAUGGAGACAGGCUCGUGGGUCAGAUUGCAAAGAGGCAGGGGGUGGUGAAUCCUGAGAACACCUUCUUCUCAGUGAAGCGUUUUAUUGGUAGGAAGAUGGCGGAGGUUACGGAGGAGUCAAAGCAGAUCAGCUAUUCCGUGAUUACAGACGGAAAUGGCAACGUGAAGCUCAAGUGCCCAGCUAUUGGAAAGGAGUUCGCUGCUGAGGAGAUUUCAGCUCAGGUUCUGCGCAAGCUGGUUGAUGAUGCCGGGAAGUUCCUGAACGACAAGGUCACCAAGGCAGUUGUCACAGUUCCAGCCUACUUCAACGACUCCCAAAGACAAGCCACAAAGGAUGCCGGGAAGAUUGCAGGCAUUGAGGUCCUUCGGAUCAUCAAUGAGCCUACUGCAGCUUCGCUCGCAUAUGGGUUUGAGAAGAAGAGCAAUGAAACGAUUCUGGUGUUCGAUCUCGGUGGUGGUACUUUUGAUGUGUCAGUGUUGGAGGUUGGUGACGGUGUCUUUGAGGUGUUGUCCACAUCUGGUGACACGCACCUGGGAGGAGACGACUUUGACAGGAGGAUUGUCGAGUGGCUCGCUGAACAGUUCAAGAAGGAUGAGGGCAUUGACCUGCUCAAGGACAAGCAAGCGCUGCAGAGAUUGACUGAAACCGCUGAGAAGGCCAAGAUGGAGCUUUCCACUCUUUCACAGACUAGCAUCAGCCUUCCCUUCAUCACAGCCACUGCUGACGGUCCCAAGCACAUUGACACCACACUCAGCCGGGCAAAGUUCGAAGACAUUGCCUCAGACCUUUUGGACAGGUGCCGCAUCCCCGUUGAGAACGCCCUUAGGGACGCCAAGCUGUCCAUCAAGGACAUCAACGAGGUCAUUCUUGUUGGAGGCUCCACCCGUAUUCCUGCCGUGCAAGACAUUGUGAAGAAGUUGACGGGCAAGGACCCUAAUGUGUCCGUGAACCCCGACGAGGUGGUGGCCCUUGGAGCCGCUGUACAGGCUGGUGUGUUGGCUGGUGAGGUCAGCGACAUUGUCCUGCUCGACGUGACGCCCCUCUCCCUGGGUCUGGAGACCCUCGGCGGAGUCACGACCAAGAUCAUUCCCCGCAACACCACCCUCCCCACUUCCAAGAGCGAGGUUUUCUCGACCGCAGCGGACGGCCAGACUAGUGUGGACAUCAACGUCGUGCAGGGAGAGCGCGAGUUCGUCAAGGACAACAAGUCAAUAGGCAGCUUCAGACUAGACGGCAUUCCGCCUGCACCUCGGGGCGUUCCUCAGAUUGAGGUCAAGUUUGACAUUGACGCUAACGGUAUCCUGAGCGUGUCUGCCACCGAGAAGGGCACCGGCAAGAAGCAGGACAUCACUAUCACUGGCGCGUCCACUCUGCCGGGUGACGAGGUUGAGCGCAUGGUCAAGGAGGCGGAGAAGUUCGCGUCCGAGGACAAGGAGCGGAGGGAGGCCGUUGACACCCGGAAUCAGGCCGAGUCGCUCGCGUUCCAGACGGAAAAGCAGAUCAAGGAACUUGGGGACAAGGUGCCUGCUGACGUGAAGGCCAAGGUGGAGGGCAAGCUGCAAGAGCUGAAGGACGCUAUUGCCACGGACAACACCGCCCAGAUCAAGGACGCCCAGAACGCGCUCCAGCAGGAGGUGAUGACGCUAGGCCAGUCCCUGUACAACCAGCCCGGGGCUGGCGCUCCCGGUGCAGGCCCGGAGCAACCUGGCGCUGGCGCCGGUGCAGAGGGUCCGAAGGGGGGUGACGAUGGGGAGGUGAUCGACGCUGAUUUCACGGACAGCAAGUAGGCGCGCAUAGAGAUUAUUCGGACCGAUUCUUUGGAGGCGUGAGACGAUUCCUUAUUAGAAAGGCCUUGAGAUUGUUCCUCAGUGACACGUACGUUGUGUAACUAGUCCUAAUUUUGAUAAGAAGCUGCAUUCAGCAGCCGUAAUAAUGGCAUU